AGCUUAUUAAUUUCAGAGUGGAUGCUUCAUUAAAAAAGGUAGACAUGGUUUUCAAACGGGCAUUCAUCUUAGUUUCAUUUCUGACAUUAUUUGAAAAACCAUAUGAAAUAGCCGCCCUGAGUGCCAAUGUGCAAUUAUGUCGUACAGCUGGGAAAGAAAUUACGGCUUUACAGGAUAUCAACAGUGUGGUUAACAAAUUAAAAAUAUUUGCUGGAAACAAAAUAAGAGACGCAAAGAAAGAGGGAAAUUCAGCAGAUCCACUUCAGCAUCUCAUCUUGGAUGUAAUAAGUGAUAUUCCCAAUGAGUGUGUUCUUAAAGAACACUUAACGUACCUCUCAGAGAAAUUGGAUGAUUUAAGUAUUUAUGAUUUGGUGAUGAAUAUAGCCAUUUUGCAAUCAACGGUUGUGCAAAUAAGUGAAAUAAAUGACCAGUCCAGAGAUUCCACUAUUAUGAAAUCAAUAAGAAAUCGCCAAACUUAUAUAAGUUAUGAUGAUAUGGUAGACAUAAUGAAAGAUUUGACAGAGGAGUACCCUUCCCAGAUGUCUAUGUACUCUAUUGGCAAAUCAGGAGAGGGGAGGGAAAUCUGGGUAAUGGCUGUUAGUGCCAACAAACCAGAUGAGCAUGUGUUGUUGAGACCAGAGUUGAAAUAUGUUGGGGGAAUACAUGGUAAUGAGCCUGUUGGUGGACAACUCUUGAUCCGAUUCCUGGCGCAUCUUGGGCAGAACUUUGGCAAGGAUGAUAUUAUAACUGCAUUGAUGAACACAUCACGACUACACAUACUGCCAAUGCUAAACCCAGAUGGUUACUCGAUGGCUUAUGGAAAAUACCCCGCAGGUGGUGAUAGUGUGUUAGUGUGCUUAGGUGAUGAAGGAAGACACUCAACUAAACCAGCAGUUGAUCUGAAUAGAAAUUUUGGGCCUGACUAUUUUAAAAAGAAAUACAACCCAAAACCUGCAAACGAAACACUUGCAGUAAAGAAAUGGCUGAAGGAUUUCCCAUUUGUAAUGUCUUUAUCAUUUCAUGGAGGAUACUUGGUUGCUAGCUAUCCAUAUGAUAAUAAGCGUAUACGUAAAAAGAAAUCAGGUGGCACAUACAAGUACAGCAAAUCCCCUGAUGAUGAUAUCUUCAAGCAGAUGGCUCUAACAUAUUCCUACAGCCAUGGUAGAAUGUAUGCUGGGAAAUAUAUGACUAGUUUAUUCUGCACCAAAAACUUUGUUGAUGGGAUUACAAAUGGUGCAGAGUGGUACUAUAUACAAGGUGGAAUGCAAGAUUACAACUAUGUCAACUAUGGCAUCACUGCCAUUACCAUAGAAAUGGAAUGUUGUAAAUUCCCAAAAUACAGCAUGAUGGAUCACCUGUGGCAUGAAAAUCUGGCAUCUUUAAUCAACUCUUGGAAAUUCAUAAACAAAGGAAUUAAAGGUAUUAUAUCAGACUCAAAGGGCAAUCCAGUGCCGAAUGCUAAGGUUUACAUAAAUAAGAGAAAACAUCCAUUCACAAGUACAGCUGAGGGUGAAUACUGGAGAAUCCUACUUCCAGGAACAUUUACCAUUAGGGUUAAGGCAGAUGGUUAUAAUGACUUCGAGCAGGAGAUACUAGUAGGUGAUUCCAUAUUAUCAGAGGCUACAACAGUUAACAUUACUCUUGUUUCAUUAGAAGUAGCCACACUGACAGAGCUUGAUGUAGAAUCAUGUUUCAAAACAGAGAAAGAAAUUAAGGCUUUGCAGGAUAUCAACACAGUGAUUAAUAAAUUUAAAACAGCUACUGGAAUUGUAUUAAAAGAGUUUAUUACAAAGGACAAGGAUGCAUCUGAGAGUGAAGCAUUUUUGAAAUUAGCAGAUUCAGGGAAGCAGAUCAUCUUGAACCUGAUAAAAGUUUACCCUGCGAAUUGUAGUUUGAGAAGUCACUUUACAACACUCUAUUGCCUGUUUGAUGACUUAAUGAAGAAUGUAACUCAUCAACGUCUAGAAGAUACAGUUUUAAAUAUUGAGAUACUGCAAUCAACUCUUUCAGAAAUUACAGAAAUUAAAGGCAUAAUGAAGAAUUUGACAGAGAAGUACCCUUCCCAGAUGUCUAUGUACUCUAUUGGCAAAUCAGGAGAGGGGAGGGAAAUCUGGGUAAUGGCUGUUAGUGCCAACAAACCAGAUGAGCAUGUGUUGUUGAGACCAGAGUUAAAGUAUGUUGGGGGAAUACAUGGUAAUGAGCCAGUUGGUGGACAACUCUUGAUCCGAUUCCUGGCACAUCUUGGGCAGAACUUUGGCAAGGAUGAUACUAUAACCGCAUUGAUGAACUCAUCACGACUACACAUACUGCCAAUGUUAAAUCCAGAUGGUUACUCCAUGGCUCAUGAAAAUAACUCUAGAGGUGGUAUUACUAAGGAUAUAUGUAGAGGCAAAUAUGGAAGAUACACUACUGAACCAAAGAUUCUGGAUCUCAAUCGGAAUUUUGGGCCAGAGUUCUUCAAAAAGCAUUACAAUCCUAAACCUGCAAAAGAGACAUUUGCAGUAAAGAAAUGGCUGGAAGAUUUUCCAUUUGUAAUGUCUUUAUCAUUUCAUGGAGGGGCUUUGGUGGCCAGCUAUCCAUAUGACAACAAACGUACCCGUAAAUGUGACAGAGUAGAAGACAAAAAGAUGUACCAUUACAACAAAUCCCCUGAUGAUGAUAUCUUUCGCAAGAUGGCUCUAACUUACUCAUACAACCAUGGACAAAUGUAUGCUGGGAGGAUGCUGCGUAAUUUGUCAUGCGGAUCGACCUUUAUUGAUGGGAUCACGAAUGGUGCAGACUGGUUCUACAUUGGAGGGGGAAUGCAAGAUUACAACUAUGUUAACCAUGGUAUACUUGCAAUCACCAUUGAGAUGGAUUGUUGUAAAUACCCACCAUAUAGCACAAUGAAUAAACUGUGGCAUGAAAAUCUGGCAUCUUUAAUCGAAUCUUGGAAAUUCAUAAAUAGAGGAAUUAAAGGUAUUAUAUCAGACUCCAAGGGCAAUCCAGUGCCAAAUGCUGAAGUUUACAUAGAUAAGAGAAAACAUCCAUUCACAAGUACAGCUAAGGGUGAAUACUGGAGAAUCCUACUUCCGGGAAAGUAUAACAUUAAGGUAAAGGCAGCUGGUUAUAGUGAACUUAAGCAGAAGAUUGUUGUGGAUGACUCUGCAUCAUUAUCAGAGGCUUCAACAGUGAACAUUAAUCUUGUGUAAACAUGUUAUGCCGAUCAAUCCUAUGCCUGACAGAUUUGUCAUCUUAUGUAUGGCAUAUUUUAGAGACAUAAAUAAAAUAUUUUUUCUUUACUUUGUGUAUAUUAACAUGGUGAUUGUUUUAAAGUAGAUAGCAUAUAGCUAAUGUGAAGUGCAAAAGGAACAAUAUUUCGAGACCACAGUAUCAUGGGACAUUUCAAUCAUUCUGAAGAC